AUGGCCAACCCCCGAGUUGAAGAGCUUCCCGACGACGAGACCAAGACCAAGCCCACGGUCGAGGAACAGGAUUCCAGCGAUGAGUCCGAUGCUGAAGAGCUCGGCGAUGGAUCUCUCCCCGCCGGUUCUACUGCUGUAGUCCACUCUCGCUACGAGAAGAAGGCCCGCAAGGCCCUGCUGGAGAAGGGCAACUUGGUCCGAGUCCCUGGCAUCACCCGAGUCACUCUCCGCCGCCCCAAGAACAUCCUCUUUGUCAUCAACAACCCCGAAGUCUACAAGUCCCCCAACAGCAACACCUACAUUGUCUUUGGUGAGGCUAAGAUUGAGGACAUCAACGCCACCGCUCAGCAGGCUGCCGCCGCUCAGCUUGCCCAGGCUAACGCUGAGGCUGAGCACGCUGGCCACAACCACGAUCACGACCACGAUCACGAUCACGACCACGACCACGACCACGGCAAGGAGGGCGAGGCUGAGGCCAAGAAGGAAGAGGAAGAAGAGGAUGACGGUGAGGAGGUCGAUGCCGAGGGUCUGGAGGACAAGGAUAUCGAGCUCGUCAUGACCCAAGCCAAUGUCAGCCGCAAGAAGGCUGUAAAAGCACUAAAGGAGAACGACAAUGAUAUUCGAAGCGCAGCUCUCAAGCUCGACUGGGUCAAGGUCUCCUCGUCCCUGGGCCUCCGCGGCCAGACCGUCGCCUCCCUGCAGGCCUUCAAGAAGCGCAACGAGGACGCCCGCCGCAAGGUCCAGCAGCUGACCGAGCAGCCUACCGCCGUCGACUUCGCCCACUACCGCUCUGUCCUGAAGAACCAGGCCGUCAUUGACGAGAUCGAGAAGCGAUUCAAGGCCUUCAAGCCCGUCACCUACGAUGUCUCCCGCCAGAUCAAGGCCAUUGACGCCUUUGAGGUUGAGGCCGUCAAGAACGCAGAGGCCACCAAGCAGGCCGUCGACCUGGAGCUGAAGGACCUGGCUGCUACCCUUAAGAAUAUCGAGGAGGCCCGGCCAUUCGACGAGCUUACCGUCGACGAGGUUGCCGCCGCCGAGAAGUCCAUCGACGAGAAGACCGCCGAGUUGGUGUCCAAGGGCAGAUGGAUGGUGCCUGGUUACAAGGAGAAGUUUGGCGAUCUUGCCAUGGUCUAA